AUGACCUUAGCAGUCAAGCUAGAGAUCAGAUCACCCUGGUUUGGGCACAUUGAAGACUGCACAGAUGUCAGCUGCAUUUUUGCAGACACAAUGAUACAAUGCUUUGGUGAGAGGAUGGGCUCUCUUGAAUUCACAGUUUGGUUUACUGCAUUUUGUGUAAUAGGUGCCAUGCUUGGAUUUCUUGCAGCUAUCUUUGCCAACUUCAAAACCUCCACAUUCUUAGUAGUUUUGAACAUUGUUAUGCUCAGCAUUGUGUGUAAAGUCACUCACACUGGCCAAAUCAUAUCCCAUUAUGCUGCAUCAUAG